AUGGAUGAAGACAAAAAAGAACUGCACGACUUGGCCGAGUUACGGGAGCUCGGUCAGCUCCUACAGCAAGCAAAGCUUAUCGACGGGAGUAGCGAGGACGUGUUGAACCAAGACAAUGAUGAUGAAAACGUCAGCAUGAUAAACGAUAUUUUGGAAACAAUAAAAUUAGAAAAAGCAAAACUUCGAGACGAAGCAAGCAUCAUACGAGGUGAACUAUCCCAAGCAAUGACCAAGGAGAAUUUGCGAAAAAUUUAUAGUGGGGAGCAACGGAAGGAGCAGCAGAAAAAAGAGGAGUAUGAGUGGAAGAGGCAGCAAGAAGUGGAGAAGAAAGAAAAGGAAGAUGCAGAGAGGAAAGAUCGAGAAGAGAUGGAUAGGCAAAGGAAAGCUGCUAGGGAUCGUCUUUUUAAUGGUGUUCUUACGGGCUCCCUGCAAGGCACACCAUGCACAGAAGAACCGGGACCGAGUGGUAUUUAUUCGUCGAAAUCGCAGCUAGAAUCGACGACGUAUGGAUAUGAAUCGGAAUAUGAAAAUGCGCCAAUGACGAGAUCGAUGCCAAAUAACAGAAUGUUACCGUCGAAAUCCUUGGAGUUCCAUGCAGCCCAUCGGGUGCAGCCGGUGAUGGGCGCAAAAGAGCUGCUAAAUGGGCAUUGUGGCUCACCCGCCUCGCGAUUCGUUGCGACAAGCUUAUCGAAUCUCAAUGAGAGCAGGAAUAGCCAGGAUUCGGGGCUGGGCCGAGAGACAGUUAGCGAUAUGCCGAAAAAACAACAUGCUAAAUCCCAUCACGAGGUCUAUGGUGACAAGGUGAUACUUGAAUCUGAAGAUGAAACACCAAGACGACCAACGAUGCUUUGCUUUGGACGGUGGAAGGGAAGCGGCCCCCGGUUGAAUGGAUGUAUUCAUGGGGAGAAGCCGAUGCAUAACGGGAUUAAGUCAAACGGUCACUUCAAAACCCAAAUCGACGAAAUCGAAGCCAAAGUGGCCCAUCUGACCGCAUCAAAAUCCAACGGCCAAAUCGUCAUCAACAAAAAUGUGAAAGAAACGGCUCUC